GGGCUGGGCUAAUGGGACUGGACAGAGUAUGGAUUGGGUAGGACAGGGUGCUGCUGUGAUAAUGAAGGUCUGAUCUAGGCCUGACUAGGAUCAGGGUGAGGCAGGACUGAGAGUUUAGAAGGCCUGAGAUCUGAACCCAUAAUUCCUUUUACCUACUCGUGCCUUUCCGUCAAUUCCCAGGGCCUGCUCUGAGCCAUUUCUGUCUUUCAUUCCCAUAUUUGCCUCCAUGGCUCACUCUGCUUCUUCUCUUUCUGGCCUGUUUCUAUUCCUUUCACCCUCCCCUGAGACCUCACACAAGACUAGGUCUGCUUCUUGCUUCUGAAGACUUCCAGUCUAGGGUUGGGAGGAGGAGAAAGACCCAGCCACAACUUGGUAAGGACUAAGCUGACCUGCUGUGUUCCUGGGAGGAGGACCGAAAGUUGGUCCUACGUGGCUGGUCCCUCGUCUUCAUCUUCCUCGCAACUUUGUUGGUGUUCAGCGUGGUGGAUGGUCGGAUGGCCUAUGUGCAUGGUCCGUACACUGGCUUCAUCGGCCUCUGGAUUGACUGCAGGAGGCAUAAGUGUGCCAACGUGGGCCAAUUCACUGUUUACACUCACAUGAGCAAGGGCUUCAUAUUUCUGGCCCUGGCAUUAUGCCUCAUCCUCCUGCCCACCAUGUUCCUCUCCUUCCGACCAGUCUGCCGACGCCUGAACAAGAUAGACUUCAUCUUCAGUUUCCUCAGCAUUGGCAUUGGGCUCCUGAUUCUCCUCAGCCUGACGCUCUUUGCCAUCGACUGCAACAGGCUGCGCCCGAGGCCACAGGUAUCCUACCAGCUGGCCUUCUACCUGUGCUGGUGCGCCAGCGUCUUGAUGCUGUGGGCCGGGACUUUGUCCUUCCUCAACCAAGUGCGGAUGUGGAGCUACAGUACGCCUUUCAUGGAGAGGAGGCUCAGCUACUUCCGUUGGGCCUCGCGACACCACUCCUUACACUUGCAGCAGCUGUCUAUUUCGGCCAGAAACUUGGAGCCCGCCCAGAAGCUGUCUACUGCAAGCAACUUUGUGAACUACCUCGAGCCUCCCCAACAGAGGGACGACGCAACUUCUCAGGACACUGAUGAGUCCCCGCAGCCUGAUGCCUCUACCUCGGUCCCUGUGGCUCAGUUUCCAUCAGACCUCCCUUGAGGUCCCAUACUUCCCCUGAGAGCAGGUAGCACCCUGGGGACACAGGUGGCAAGCCCCAGUCCCCGCUCUAGGACCCACUCCUUACUGCCUGAGUCUUGGCAGGGACCCUCCUCUGAAAGUCCUCCAAUACUCUCACCUGUGGCAUUGUCUUUCUGAACAGACACUGGUUUGUGGUCCCAAGCAGUGGGAGCAAUGUGGCCCUUUUCCCAAGCUGGGCACUGCUCUGCCCCACAGGGCAUGCCCCUCAGCCACCCUUCAUCUUUGGUCCAGCCCUACCAGAGAUAUACCCUCCAGGUGCUGCAGGGGGAUACUCUGUAGCCUAGCCUUGGGGGUAGUCCCUACCCUUCUGUGGACAGACCCCUCCCCAGGAAGUAAAGGUUUAAUUAAUAUAACAUCCCGCCACCUUUCUGGCUUCCCCGACUCAAUAAAACCAGGUCGGCACUCUAAA